AUGGUCAAGCGAAAGCUGGCCGCAUUGGAGAAGGUUGAGGCGGAUUUGCCCAACCUUCAGCAGAAAAUUCGACGAGAUUCAAAAUCAUACGUUGAGGAUUUCCGUUCCCAAUACUAUCAAUAUGAGAACCACCGCGAAAUUUUCAUCUCAAAUCCGACUUCCGCUGAAGGAGGCAUCAUAUCGCUGCGCGACUUGAUAGAUUUCAUUUCGCACGUCGCAGAUUGCUAUCCGGAUAUAACAAAGGACUUUCCGCAGCAAUUAAUCGAUAUGCUUAUGGAACAUCAUGUGGUUCUGGGUCCCGAACUGCGCGAGAAGAUUGUCGGAAGUUUGGUACUUUUGAGAAAGAAGGAGGUCAUUGACUCGGUUACGUUGCUUCAUACCUUGUUUCCGAUUCUUGUGUCGACGCCGAGCAAGACGCUGCGUCAGUUGUUGUUUCAGAAGAUUCUCUCUGAUUUGCGGACGUCGAAUUCUAAAUCUACGAAUCACAAGCUCAAUCGGGCUAUGCAAACGGUCUUGUAUAAUCUGGUGACGUCGGAUCGUACAUCUCCCAAAGCCCAAUGGGCGGUCAAAAUCACGAGGGAGUUGUGGAGAAGACAGAUAUGGACGGAUGCAAAGACAGUUGAGGUCAUGAAAGAGGCCUGCUUGGCGCAGAAUGAAAAAGUUGUCGUCGGCGGUGUUAAAUUCUUCCUCGGUGGAGACAAGGAGAGAGAAGAAAUGGAAGACGAGAGCAGUGAUGACGACGGCGUCGAUGUCGCCAAGUUGAAACAUCAACGUGGUAUCAACAAAAAAACCAAAAAGAAGGCUCGCCAGCUUGAAAAGGCCGUUGCAACAGUGAAGAAGAAGGAGCGCAAGAAGAGACAGCCUCAUUCCCUCAACUUUUCUGCAUUACAUCUCCUGUACGAUUCGCAGGGAUUUGCUGAGGAGCUUUUCUCAAAACAUCUGCAGAACAGCAAGUCGAAGCUGAACCUAGAGCAAAAGCUUUUGGUCUUGCAGUUGGUGUCACGUCUGAUCGGUCUUCACAAACUUACGCUCGUUCACUUCUACUCCUAUUUUCUGAAAUACCUCACUCCUCGGCAACCCUCGGUUACCUCGUUCCUCGCGUCGCUUGCUCAGGCGACACACAAUCUUGUGCCACCCGACGAGCUCGAGCCUUUGAUCCAGAAAAUUGCGAAUGAGUUUGUUAAUGAGGCUUCUGCCGGAGAGGUCGCUGCAGCAGGUCUGAAUGCUAUUCGUGAGAUUUGUGUCAGACAGCCUCUGGCUAUGAAUGAAACGCUACUUCAAGAUCUAGUUCUGUACAAAAAGAGCAAAAACAAAGGUGUUAUGAUGGCUGCAAAGGGUCUGUUGGGUUUAUACCGCGAUGUUGGUGCGGACAUGUUGAAGAGACGUGACCGAGGCAAAGAAGCAUCCAUGGCUUUGAGUGCCGGCGAGAAAAAGGAAAUUCGAUUCGGUGAAGAAGCCGUUGGCGGAAUCGAAGGCCUUGAGCUGCUGGCGAAAUGGAAAGAAGAGGAGAGAAGGAAGAGGAGAAUCGAAGAAGGUCUUCCCUCUGAUGGCGAAGAUGAUGAAGAUCUUGAAAAGGAAGAAGCAGCAGGUUGGGCCAAUUGGGACGUUGAAGAUGAUGACAGUGAUGACUCUGAGGGGUGGAUUAAUGUGGAGAGUGACGCGGAGAUCGAACUAAGUGAUUCCGACGACGAUACUCCCCCAUCCAAGAAAGCAAAACAGGCCAUCGACGAGGCAGAGAAGAAGACAGAAGAAACAGACGCAGAUAAGCAAUGGACCCAGCUUGCUACAAGUCGAAUCUUGACACCAGCUGAUUUGGCUAAGCUGGCAGAGCUCCGUUCCCAAGCCGCUGUGGACUCCUUACUCAAUUCACGAUCCAAACGUGCACAAAAAGUGCAAGAAGCUAUAAAUCGUCAUAUCGACGAGCCUCUUACCGCCGCAGAGAUCGAAGGACUCGCAUCACUUUCCAAGGGCAAAUUGACGAAGGAGGAAAAGAUUGCUCACGCCAAGGAAUCAAAGACCGAUCGAGAUGAGUUCAAGAGCAAGACAGCUCGCAAAAAGGAGAGGAAAGAGCAGGAUGGGAAGAGUACAACGAACAAGGAGAAGGCUCGCAAGAAGAACUUUUUGAUGACGUUGGGCAAGGCGAGAAGCAAGAAUAAGCGCAGUCUGGUGGAAACACGGGCGGUGCUGAAGGCGCAUCAUGACCGGAAGAAACGAGGUGGACGACGUGGAAAUGUUGGUUAA